AAACAUAAACCUAGAUAGCACUCUCCAACACCCGCAGACGAACACUGUAACCUCAGGACACGAUCAACAAUGGCGUUGUUGAGGAUGGCAAUGGCGAGAACCGUCGCCAGCAAAAGCAAGGAUUCGUGUAUCGUGGCCUUCACAAGGUGGACUCACGCAAUCGCGCAGCCUCCGCCGCUGGACAGCGCGAUAAGCCAAUCGGCCGUAUUACCACCGUUGGUUUUGCCUGAAUCCGAAGGAAGCAUAGACACAAUCAUUAAUGACAUCGGGUCCGGUUUUUAUGGUGGCAUCGGAUCCAUGGAGCUCAUGGCCGUACCUAAGAAGAAGACUUCUCCUCACAAACGUGGGAUAAGAAAUGGACCAAAGGCUCUGAAACCUAUUCCAGUGAUCAUCCGUUGCAAGGUUUGUGGCCGAGUUAAGCUGCCUCAUUUCUUCUGUUGCAGUGGGCUUAGGGAUACCGAUGGACAGAAUGGUUCCACCAGCUGAUCACAGGUUCAUUUCAAUCGUACCUGGGGAAGCCCAUGAUAGACAUAGAAAUUAGAUGUGACAGUAAACCUGUUCCUUUCUUAUUUGAAAUUCCGUACAACUGAAAAUGCUUGAUAUUUGGUUUCUCUCUUUACGGUAGCCUCUAUGCUAUCAUAUAAUUCGUUGUCGACUUUAUUGCCAUAUACUGUUCUUUUCUUUUUCUUGGUUA